ACCACGAGUUGCAGAGCUGGUUGGGCGCGGCCGCGUAUGCGCGCUGAUUUGACACGGGCUUUGGCAAGCGGGGCGGAAGCGCUGGGCGGGCUGGGCGCGGGGCCGUCGGGCUGGCGCACUGAGCGCUCGGAGCAGCCCCCAGUCCCGGCGCGGCGCGGGGCAGCCCGGGCCGAUGUCGGGCGCGUGCGGGAUGCAGCCGUGCCACCAGGAGGCGCUGCGCAGGCACCGCGUGCCCCUGGCCAAGCAGCUGGUGCUGCAGGAGCUGCUGGAGCACUUGCUGGCGCGCGCCGUGCUCACGCCGGAGAUGAAGGAGGCCAUCCAGACCAAAGCCGGGAGCUUCAGCCAAAAUGUUGAAUUCCUCAGCCUUCUGCCCAAGAGGGGCCCCCAAGCCUUCUCAGCCUUCUGUGAAGCUCUGAGAGAAACCAGACAGGAGCAUCUGGAAGAGAUGCUCUUAAAUGCCAUACAACACUCGAGCAACGGGUAUGUAAAGCGGGGCCAUGAUUAUGAUUCAAGUCUCCCAUUCUCGGUCUGUGAAUCCUACCACUUAUCAAAGAGACCACGCUGUAUUGAGCCAUUUGAACAUUCCCUUGAUAAUGGAGAUGGUCCCCCUUACCCUCAAGUGAGGGCCUGCACUCCAGAAUUUUAUCGGACUCAUCAGCGCUUGGCAUACAAGUUGACAUCAGACCCUCGGGGCCUAGCGCUUGUACUCAGCAAUGUGCAUUUCAAUGGUGAGAAGGACCUGGAGUUCCGUUCAGGUGGUGACGUUGACUGUGCUGCUCUGGAGAAGCUUUUUGAGUGCCUUGGGUAUAAGGUGACUGUUCAUCAUGAUCAAAGUGCACAGGAGAUGCAGGAGACAUUACAGAAAUUUUCUCAGAAGCCAACUCACCAGGAAGUGGAUUCCUGCAUUGUAGCCCUACUCUCGCAUGGUGUGGAGGGUGGGGUCUAUGGAAUCGAUGGCAAAUUACUGCAGUUGCAGGAAGUUUUCAGGCUUUUUGACAACGCGAACUGCCUGAACCUCCAGAAUAAGCCUAAAAUGUUCUUUAUUCAGGCCUGUCGGGGAGAUGAGACUGACCGGGGAGUGGAUCAAAGGGAUGGGAAAGAACGCUCUGAUUCUCCAGGCUAUGAGGAAAGUGAUGCAAACAAGGAAGAGAAUCCCCGGUUGCGUUUGCCCACGUGCUCUGACAUGAUUUGCGGAUAUGCCUGUUUAAAAGGCACAGCUGCCAUGCGGAACACCAAGCGUGGGUCAUGGUAUAUUGAGGCUCUCACCUCUGUAUUUGCUGAGGAUUCCCAUAAUACUCACGUGGCUGACAUGCUGGUGAAGGAAAUGCCUGUUGGAAGACAUCCAGAAUCCUUAACAGGAAGGAGUGUGUACCUGUGUUUGGAGAGGAAAAGAAACCCUGGUGGAUCACUAGUAGCAAAACUCAAGAUCUCUGACUUUCCUUUCAGAAAAAUAAAGCUCACACAUGUACCAUAUUCAGCUUUCUUCAGCCUAUUUGGCAUUCCUCACAACCCCAACCUUUUAGGACCCUAGCCUACUUUCUCAUUUGUCAGUUCUCUCCUGAAAUUACAUUAUGACUCCCAGGCAGAGGCAUAGCAAGGCAGGUCUGUACUGGGGCAGUUAUCAAUGCACAAGGCCAUACUGGCUCCUACCAUACCUAUCACAGCAGUACGGUUGGCUGCUGCUGUGGGACAACUGUGAUAUCUGGGGCUGGUGCCCAGGUUCCCUGCUCCCAGUUAUCCUAUUGCUCUCAGGUCCUUUUGGCAGUACUUCAGCCUGGCCAGUUGUUCCUCAUUUUGCAUCUGUGCAUUUGAUUAUUCCUUACUAAAUGUAAUAUUUUGUACAUAUAAUUUCUUUGUGUUUAGCUCAGACCAUUUUUCCAAUUGAUCACUUUUAACCUGAAUCCUGUCUUCCAAUGUGUUUUUUGCCACACCUAUCAUGGUGUCACCCACAGAUUUAAUAAGAAAAUUCAAUUCCACCCUCCAAGUAAUUAAAGAACAAAUUGAACAGUACUGAAACCUAGGUAGUCUCUUGGGGAGCUCUGCUUGAUGACUCCUUCCUGCUUUACAUUAAGUCAUUGAUGACACCUUAUAAGACAUCAAGGAUGGCCUUAUUAUUGUCCUGUACCAGAAGAACUGCAGGUUAAUUAGGAGCAGCUAUUGAGGGAUUAACUCCUUUUGUGUUGCUGGCAAGAUUUUUGACUCGCAUCAUCAGAAAUCAUCUCAGCUCCUCUGGAGACUCUCCUGCCCAAAGGCUGGUGUGGCUUCUGUCCUAGCAAAUCAAUAAUUGACCUGAUGUUUAUCUGAGAGAGCUGCUGGAAAAGUGGAAUGAGCAAUGCAGAGAGAUUUAUGUGGUGUUCAUAGAUCUAAUCAAAACAUUUGACAAUCUCUCAAAGCAUGUUAUGGGAUCUAAUGUCAAAACUAGGACAUUUUCAAUGCCUAUUGUCAAUGUCAGGAAAGCUGUUAGCUUUUGUAAUGAUAUGAAAUGGUUUGUUUCCAUUGCUAAUGCACAAACCUAAAUUUUGGCAUCACGACGACUGUUAGAAAUGACUGUAUACUAGCUCUUGUCCUCAAUAUUGUGUACCUUACUUUUGUCCUUCAUGAUGCCUUUGCUAGUGUCUUCUUCCUUCCAUCUCCUCCCAAGUCUUCAGAAGGCAGUAUAGAAGAUAUGGCAGGCUGUUUUUUCUCAGCAGAUUACAUUGAAAGUUGGCACAGAGUGAUGGGUUGAUGACUUUAAGCUGGUGAAUGCUGGCAGAUAAGAGUCAAGCUGAGCUGAGCUGCGCUCUUUACAGUUAAGAGUUAAGCUAAGCUGUAGCUAACGGUUAUGGCCCUAAGCAGAGCCUGUUGACAGUUGAACCCACAGAUCAGUUGUGAAAAGGUUGAGCUUAUGAACAUUGCAAAUCCUUUCAGUAUCCAUUGACUAAAGGAAACCUCAGUCUUCCAAUACCUGGGAAACAUGGAACUUGCGGAUAGAGUGUGUGAUGCAGAAGUAUGGAAGAGGACUUCAUGUGCUUCUGGCAACUUUUCUGCCUUGAAGUCUUACAUGGCAAAGAAGAGGCCUUAUGGUGGCAACAAAGAUCUCAGUCUUUAAAGUGAUGAUGUUCUCCUGAUUCCUUUGUGUUAGUUACACAACUUUUGCAGUUGGAGAAAUUGGGCUAGAUUUCAAACUGAUAUUAUGGUGCAGAGGGCAGGAGUCCCCUCAGAAGCCCACUGCCCCUCCUUCCCAUGGGAGAUACUGCUCUGCUGUGAGAGGAGGUCCAUGUUAAGUGUCCCUGCCAAAGCCAGGAUAACCCUCCCCUGGCCCUACAGCUGACACAGUUUUAUAUGGUGAGCCAUGAUCUAUAUCCCUUAAUGUGGUGGCAGCUGCAGUGCUAGAGAGUAGUUAAACUGGCUUUUGGUGGUGACCCCUGCCACCUAGCAGUGGCAGCAUCUCCUAUGGGAUGGAAGGGUAGUGGGCUUUUGAGGGGGACUUCUGCCCUCUGCUCUAUACAGCCCAAGUCUCGAGGCCCUGCGCCUCCAUUCUGGUGUCUUCCUUUAUUAAAGGCCUGGGGCUUAUGUCCCAGUGACCCACCCAUAGUUAUGCUUCUGUCUGAGGCUAAUCUGGGGAAUCUGCUGGUGGCAGAGGGUAUAACAAUGAGGAACUACACAGAACCAGAUCAUUCUACCUGAAAACAGAGAUCCAUAAAGUAGGGCUUCACUGGCUAAGGUACAUAUAUUGCAUGUGUGAUGAUGACCAGACCACAAAGAAGUUUUUUGGUGGGGGAAUGAAUGAAAGUGCAUAACUUACUGGUAGACUAUAGCAGCAUCAAAUCUGAUCUGAGGAAAGUCAGUUUGCUUGACAACUAGGUCCUAGCCUCUGACUGUGGAAUGUGGCAUGCACUAGCUAGAUGUGUGGGGUGGAAAAUCAAAAGAGAACUUUUACAAGCAUCUGCUGAGAGAGACAAGUAUUGACAUCUGCAAAAUCCUUAUUGCUUAUGCUAGAGGUCUAGUCAGUUUAGUUAAAAUGCAUCAGCAAUAUUGGGAGCAGGGGCCAGGAUCUAGGUCUCUUUCCGUUGUGGGGGGUGACACUUAGCUGGGCUACAGAGAUACAUUCUCACUUGUCUGCUGUCCCAUAGGCCUCAGGAAUCUUUUUAUUCUUCCUAUUAGCUCAGCUUUAAGAGAAAGGGGUGCAGGUUACUCUCAGUCUAGUUGAGCCUACAGCAUAGUGGUUAGGGUACUUAGCUAGGAUAUGUAGGUGCUAGAUCUCUGAUGGGGGAUGGGUGGGGGCUAGAUCCCAGGUCUCCCAUGUCCUAGUGCACAUGUUUUUACCAUUAGCCAAUUUAUGGAGAAGGAUUACCUACUUUAUACUGAAGGCAAUGCUGUCAGGUAGCUGCAGUCAUUCAAGCAGAUAUCUCCCUGCUCAGACACUGAGACCCACUAAGACAUCUGUAUCUUAUGGUAUCAAGAUCAAGUAGAACUGUUACCAGAUGGAGGCAUCUUAGCAGUUGGUUAAGAUUUCCCACUGAGAAGGGAGAGCUUUGUUUCACUAGGAUCCAUCCAUAAAAGCACCUAAGCACCGACUCUUGUAAAGGGAAUGCCUUGUGAUUCUGUAAAGCAAAUAGUAUCUUCCUCCAGCGGCUCUCAGUACUCUCCAUUCAGAGAACAAAAGAAAUAUGCACCUCCAUGGGCAAAAUAGGAUUCUUCCAUUUGCCCAGGAGCAGGAAUAUACUUGAGAGGAUUUCCUUAGGAGUGUCUGUGCUCCAUUUCCUUUCCAGCUGGUCCCUACUGAAGUGCAUUGUGGACUAAGAGCUUAGAAACUGCCUCUGACAUAUAUCUGAUGUAGAUGAACAGAAGUUGAGCUGCAUCUGGGGGUUGUGGCUUGCUCCCAUCCAGGUCGCAAUCACCCUGGCUGAUUUUUCUGACUCAGGCCCUGAUCAUAUGUGAGAAUAUCGCCUGAAUUAAACACUAAAACAGGAGUUCUAAAUUCAAUCUCUUCUCAAACUCCUUUAGUGAAUUUAUUAGGUCCUAGUUUUGCUUCCAGUUGCCAAAAUAAAUGGACUGAAAACAGUUCUCACUACAGGGUAUUUCCAUUUUUGUAAUCCUUCCUCCUACUGUGGUCCACACACUUAUGUCAGUGUCUUGCCAUAUAGCUCCUCCCCACCCUAUUAUUCCAAAUCUGUUAUCUUGAUCUGCAGUUCAACAACUUCAAUCCUGAUCCACAGUUCCCUUGGUAUUCUCGCCGUAGCCCCCACAGCUCUCCGACUUGGGUCUGCGCUAUUUUCCUUAGCCUCUUCCCCUUUGCAGCAGCUGCAGUCAGUUCUGGGAAGUUAAUCUUUAGCAGCUUCAGUUUUAUGAGUGCUGCAGAGAGAGCGCUUUUUACAUCCUAGCUGAAACUGGUGCCAAAGCCCCACUCAGUGCGGCAGUCAGGAGUCCAUUUCCGCUCACAUAUUUCUCCCCUCUGCUACCCUAAGGUUCUCACUCCUCUAUGGAGCCCAAAAGUGGGGAGAGGGUCCCAUGUGUGUCAUUUUGUGUGUCAUUCUCAUCCCCUUAUCACUGGCCAGGGACAAAAGGGAAGGUUAUCGCCACAGGUGAUUGCUUUGGCCUUGCCCGUGAUGGAUUUAUAGGACUGGCUGAAAAGUGAGCUUCUCUCAUUUUCCCUCAUUCUUCAUCUCCUGUCACAUUGCUGCUGAGGAACAUACUGUGGGAAUGUGGAGAGAGAGUUCUGUCUCCUGGGUCUGUGAAGCAUUUGCUGCAGCAAGAUGUGUGUAUGUUAUCAGGUCUACACUAAAAAAAAAAAAAGGUUUACUACCAUAGCUAUGUCAGAAGUUGUUUGUUUGUUUUUUACUGACAUAGUAUACUGAUUAUGAGCCCUAACAGAGAUGCAAUUUUGUGCAAGUAUCAUUUAUUUUGUUUCAUGAUGUCUACCUAAUAUUGCACAAUAAAAAGUACAAUAACAAGU